AUGUGUACCCUUGUUCUACCACCUGCUCCUCCUUCCCCUAAAGACGAUGCCAUGCAACUUCACCGUGCUUUCAAAGGUUUUAGGUGUGAUACAAGUACUGUCAUCAAUAUACUUGCUCACAGGGAUGCUACUCAGCGUGCCUCUCUACAGCAUGAAUACACGUCUAUGUAUUCUCACGACCUUCUCAAACGAAUUUCUUCCAAGCUUUCUGGCAGGUUGGAGAAUGCACUUCUACUUUGGAUGCAUUGCCCUGCUGGACGCGACGCCGUCAUUCUUAAGCAGACUCUAACCGUCAACAAAAACCUUGAAGCUGCCACUGAAAUUAUAUGUUCCCGAACUCCAUCCCAACUACAAUGUUUAAGGCACAUUUACUAUAAUAAAUUCAGCAUUUAUCUUGAACGUGAUAUUCAAACAAAUACCUCUAGCUAUCAUAAAAAGAUUUUACUAGCAUAUGUAAGCACACCGCGCCACGAAAGCCCUGAGGUUGAUAAAGAAAUGGCUGAGAACGAUGCAGUGGUUCUGUACAAAGCUGGUGAGAAGAGACUGGGAACGGAUGGGAAAACUUUCGUGCGAAUAAUCAGUGAACGGAGUGCGGCACAGUUGGCUACGAUAAAUCAGUUUUAUCGUAGCAAGUAUGGACAUUCACUGAAAAAGGCAAUAAAGAAACAAACAUCAGGGAGUUUUGGCCGUGCACUUUUGACAAUAGUUCAAUGUGCCGAGAAUCCUGCCAAGUAUUUUGCAAAGGUCUUACGUAGAGGAAUGAAAGGUUUAGGGAGGGAUGACAAGAGACUUACAAGGGUGAUUGUAACAAGGUGUGAGAUUGAUCUACAUUAUAUCAAAGCCGAAUAUUUAUAUAAAUACAAGAAGACGCUGAAUGAUGCAGUUCACUCGAAAACAUCUGGCCACUACAGGGCGUUUCUGCUCUCACUUUUAAAUCCCUUCCAGUAG